GUGUAUCUAUUUCUCUUUCUUCUUCUUCUUCUCCUUCUAAUCUUUUGAACUCUCGAUGAUGAGAUUCGAAGCAGACGGGCGGUCAGAAACUGAUGCCAUGUUGAAUGUCUGCAAUCUCUGCCUUCCUUGUUUCAAGGAACGCAUCUGAGAGAUCGGUACUAUCACCUAGUGGCUCAGAAAUUUGCAAUCUCCAUUGCACUUUGAAGCUUUAAGAAGUAUGGGCAGCAUUGACAAUAGUUCUGAGGAGAAUUAUUCUAGUGAAGAUGAGAUAGUUGAUGAUGAUAAUUAUAAUAUUCUACUAACUGCAACUGUUGGUUAUGGUUACUGAAUAUUACACAAAAUAUAUUGAAAAGGAGCCUUGUAGGACCUCUUAUCAAACCGGAUACAAGUUUGUAUCAGAAAUUUUAGAUGGCAAUCCAUAUAGAUGCCAACAACAAUUUCGAAUGGAAAAACAUGUAUUUAUUAAUCUGUGCAUGGAAUUGAAAAUCAAAUAUGGUUUAAAGGCUUCUAGAUAUAUUCCUGUUGAGGAGCUGGUGUCUAUGUUUUUGAUGAUUCUAGGACAUGGGUUUGGGAAUAGGAUGGUUCAAGAAAGAUUUCAACAUUCCGGAGAAACAGUUAGUAGAUAUUUCACCCAUGUUUUAAAUGCUGUUUUAAGGAUGUCCAAGGAUAUUAUUAGCCCGCUGGAUAAAGAGUUCAAAAAUAUUCCAAGUAAAAUCCGCAAUGAUCAUCGUUGGUGGCCUUAUUUUAAGGACUGCAUUGGAGCAAUUGAUGGCACCCAUAUACCAGUGAAAAUUUCUCCAUCCAAACAAGUACCAUAUAUUGGCCGAAAAGGGAUUCCUACACAAAAUGUUAUGGCUUGUUGUGAUUUUGAUAUGCGUUUCACUUUUGUUUGUGCUGGAUGGAAAGGUACUGCUCAUGAUACUCGUAUUUUUUUAGAUGCUAUACACAGAAAAGAGCUCCAAUUUCCACACCCACCUAGAGGUAAAUAUUAUUUGGUGGAUGCAGGAUAUCCUCACAUGUUGGGAUAUAUGGGGCCUUACAAAGGGGAGAGGUAUCAUUUACCAGAUUUUCGACGUGGAAGUCAACCAAAGGGUAUGCAUGAAAUCUUUAAUCAUGCACAUUCCUCCCUGAGAUGCACUAUUGAGAGGACAUUCGGAUGCUGGAAAAGUAGAUGGAGAAUGUUGAGUACCAUGCCCAACUUUUCUUAUCAUAAACAAGUCCAAAUUGUGGUGGCUUCCAUGGCUAUUCAUAAUUUUAUUAGAAAUCGUGCAAUCAAAGAUUUGGAGUUUCAGCCUUAUGAUGAUAAUGAGGAUCUACUCCCUUCUGAUUGUUUAGAGAUUAAUGAACCACAGGAAGAACUGAGUGCAGAGCAAAGCCAAAUAUUGGGUAACCGUGAGAUGGAUAUUCUGCGUGAUCAUAUUGCUUCUCAACUUAUAGCUCGUUGACUUCUGAGUGCAGUGCAAUUCUACAUGUUGUUUUAUUUUGUAUUUGACCAAACAUGAAUGUUCGUUGUAUUUUUGUUGCUACUACGUCAACAAUGUAAAAAAGUAUGAACAAGGUAAAGUUAGAGAGGAUGGAUAUUAACUAUGUGCAAUCCUUGAUUAA